UGUAGUUAAAUGUAACCUAAUCUAUGUUUAAGAUAAAGUAUGAAAUGAAUGUAAUAUAAGACACAUAUCCACUCAUAACCGGUUCAUGCAACACCGUUAAUUAUUAGUUAAGUGAGAAGGAAGUAAAGAAGGACAGGCAAACGCAGCACUGAGAGUAGACGUUACAUUCAAACUGCAUACUUCGAUAGUCAGAAUUUCAGAUAAUGCUGCUAUUAUACAUAAAUAAAGGAUACUGUACAUAUCAAGUUUUCAUAAAUCUUCUAUGACAAUUUUUAUACCUUCUGUGAAGGCAUUGCUUAAAAAUGGUGACUCAAGUAUUUGAUGAAUCUCUCAGAGAGAUGCAUUUGAUAAGCUCAGAAGAAUCCAAAUUGCAAUCUGAUAAACAACAGGAGAAAGUACAGAUGAAAAAGCAAUUAGGUCUUUUGGAAGGAGUAGCUAUUAUACUGGGAAUUAUAUUUGGCUCAGGCAUCUUUAUCUCACCAAUAGGAGUAAUAAAAGAAGUGGGCAGCGUAGGAUUGUCUUUGAUCAUAUGGGUACUGUGCGGUCUGCUUUCUAUGAUAGGUGCCUUAUGCUAUGCAGAAUUGGGUACCAGCAUACCUCGCAGCGGAGGAGAUUAUGCUUACAUUCACGAAGCUUUCGGCCCGCUACCAUCAUUUCUGUACUUAUGGGCUGCUAAUUUAAUUUUUGUACCUACAACAAAUGCUAUUAUGGGAUUGACCUUUGCUCAGUACGUUAUGCAACCGUUUUUCCCAAAUUGUACCACUCCGGAUGAUGGUGUGCGACUAAUCGCUGCACUUAGUAUAUGUUUCCUCACGUUCAUCAAUUGUUACGAUGUAAAUCAGACAUCUAAGAUGCAGAAUAUAUUUAUGUUCGCCAAAGUCGGUGCACUGAUGAUUAUUAUUAUAGCUGGAUUAGCUUGGCUCUGCAUGGGACACGUGGAAAACUUUUCGAAUACUUUUGAAAACACAAAUACUAAUCCUGGUAAAAUUGCUGUGGCUUUUUACUCCGGUAUAUUCUCUUACUCAGGAUGGAAUUAUCUGAAUUUUAUGACAGAAGAAUUAAAAAAUCCUUAUGUAAAUUUACCACGCGCGAUUUACAUAUCACUGCCAAUGGUAACUAUAAUAUAUGUGAUGGCAAACAUUGCUUAUCUGUCGGUUUUGACGCCGACCGCUAUGAUCGCUUCCAAUGCUAUCGCUGUGACUUUCGGUAAUGAACUCCUUGGAUUUAUGGCUUGGACAAUACCUGUGAUGGUAGCGAUAUCUGCUUUCGGAGGAUUAAGCGUUCACAUUAUGACGUCGUCCAGGAUGUGUUUUGUUGGCGCUAGGAACGGUCAUUUUCCUUCGAUGUUAAGUCAUAUCAAUAUGACCAAAUUUACGCCUACGCCUGCCUUGGUGUUUUUGUGUAUUCUAUCUCUGGUGAUGUUAUGCACAAGUGAUAUAUUUGUGCUGAUCACAUACUGCAGCAUAGUAGAGUCUUUCUUCAUUAUGAUUUCCGUGGCGGGAAUUUUAUGGCUGCGCUAUAAAAGACCUAAUAUGGAACGACCAAUCAAGAUACCAUUAUGGAUACCUAUAGUGUUUGUAGCGUUGUGCAUUUUUUUGGUCGUUGUACCGUGUUAUGAAAGACCAUUUGAAGUCGGCAUGGGUUUAGUAAUCACCAUAUCUGGCAUACCCGCAUACUUUCUCGGUGUCGCUUGGAAAAACAAACCGAUAUGGUUUCAAAAAAUGAACAUUAAAGCUACUCACACUGUGCAGAAAUUAUUCCUGUCUGCAAGAGAGGAACGCGAGAUUGAUUAAAUAAAUAUCACAAGGCUCUGGGAUUGAUCUUGAGUAAAAAAAAAA